CUAAGAGUCUUUCAAUGAAUCUAUUUAUAUGGGGAGCCGCUGGUGGUAUGCAUAUGGGCUAAUCUCAUCUUUGAGUCACCAUAUUCAACUAGUGAAUUGGCCGGAAAGUACGACGUACGAUGUAUUGGUUCUUAUUCUUCCUAGUAGCAGCAAUGGGUGUUUCAUCGUCACCAAAUAACAAUGGUGUUUUUGACAUCUAUGACCGCUACUCGAGCGAAGUUGUUGAGGUCUUAGGUAAGGACGGGUUGCCAACGAAAGGAGGCGCGGAUUACUUUUCAUACUUGGCAGCCCGUGAUUCCCGGAGACGCCAAUCUUCUCCGGCCAUCACCUUUUCAUCCGGAGAUGCCACCUUUCAGAUGCAAACGUUCGCAGAUUAUCAUUUUGUAAAAGUUUAUGUGGGAACGCCUCCAAUGCCGUUCAUGGUGGCAUUAGACACUGGGAGCUCAUUAUUUUGGCUCCCAUGCAAUUGCAACGUCUGUUCACGCCACGUCACUUUUCCUUCAACACACCAGACCAUAAAUUUCAAUUUUUACCAUCCGAUUAACUCGUCCACAUAUACAAGUAUUGGUUGCGACAGUGGAAUAUGUCGGCGGCAACAUUGUCCUUCAACUAAGGGAUGCCCUUAUGAGGUCCCAUAUUUGGAUGGAUCUUCGACUACAGGAGUGCUCAUAUCUGACGUCAUACACCUAGCCACUUAUGCUAAGCAACCUAAACAUUUUAGAGCAAAUGUUACAUUCGGGUGUGCGUCCAAGGUCAAAGGAUUAUUUGUGCGCUCUUCUGCCGUCAACGGGCUAUUGGGACUCGGGCCGGGUAAUGGGCCUGAAGAUAUGGAUGUGCUUAGCAUCCUUGCUUCUCAAGGGAUUAUUGGCAAUUCCUUCUCCCUUUGUUUCUCACCCAAUGGGAAGGGGAGAUUAAUUUUCGGGGACAAAGGAACUCGCAGUAUUUCUGAUCGAAUUCUAAUAAUUAAUUGAAUUUUAUAGAGACUUAACUAAUUCUGUUGUUUAAUCUUCUUAUAUGCAGUGAAGCUCACAAUGUUUUGAUUGAGGAAAUUGUGGUGCACCAAAAUGUCCUUAAACAUGUUGGUCUCACAGUAUUUUUUGACUCUGGUACAUCAUUUACAAUCUUAAGUGAUCCGGCCUACACUUUUAUUACAGAGAAUUUCAAUUCUCUGAUAAAGGAACCUCGCCGAAAACAACCAUCUCCUCGUUAUUUUAAAUACUGCUAUGACUUGAGCCAAAAUCGAAGUUCUUAUUGGACUCCUACAGUGAGUUUAAUAAUGAAAGGAGGACAAAAGUUUGAUGUCCUUUUUCCAACAAUCGAGUUAGAUUAUCAGGUGCAGUGAGGUGCUUGCUCAGCUUUAUUUUUAUAGAAUUCCUAAAGGGCUGUACAUAUUGCUAUCUUUUGUUUAAAAUAAUGUAACUCUAUUUAUUUAACUUUUCAGGGUAACGGUUCUUACUAUUGUCUAGCUAUUAUAAAGCACGACAAUAUUAACAUAAUUGGACGUACGUGAGCGAUAUUAUUAUUUCUCUUACAAUCAUCUAUAGCUUUAAUUUUUUACAAUUAUUAUGUUUACGAUAUUAAUUAAUUAUCUACGUGCUAUAUGUUUCUAUUUUAGUUUACGUCAUAGUUGUAUUAACGUAUCUUAAUUAGCAUGUAUAUGCAUGCAUAUAGCCAUAUAGGCACGUCCAAUAAAUGAUACUCCGCAGUACUUAACUAAUUACUAGCAUGGCACGCGCUCCGCGCGAAGGUCUGUGCCCAAUAAUGGAUAAAGACUAAAGCGUAUGUAAAAUAAAAGGCAAACAAAUAAAAAGUUGUUUGCAAAAGAGCCA